AUGUCAGCAAAAGGAGCAUUAGUCAAACUAGUAGUGGAAGCCGGUAAAGCAGCGCCAGCACCACCAGUCGGACCCGCGCUCGGGUCCAAGGGAGUCAAAGCCAUCGACUUUUGCAAAGAGUUCAACGCCAGAACAGCCCAUUAUGAACCAGGCGUGCCCAUCCCCUGCCUCAUAAAAAUCAAGCCGGAUCGAACUUUCCAAUUCGAAAUCAAGAGUCCCGUUACCUCGUGGCUUAUUAUGAAAGCUGCUGGUGUCACGCAGGGUGCUGGUAAGAGUCUGGAGCCCGUGGGGUCGAUUUCGCUUAAGCAUGUUUGGGAGAUUGCUAAGAUUAAGAGCAAGGAUGAUCGACAUAAGGGGGUGCCGAUGCAGGCUAUUGUUGGGAGUGUUAUUAGUACUGCUGCUGCCGUGGGUGUCACUGUUGUUCCAUAG